GCAUCAGCAGUCUUAUCUGUCAUAAUUAAUGUAAACAAAACUGAAUUAUCCGGCGACGAAAAGAAAUCAUACAAAUAAUGGCCGAUGCAUGGGACAUAAAGUCACUUAAGACAAAGCGCAAUACUCUGCGCGAGAAGCUGGAAAAGCGUAAAAAGGAACGGAUCGAUAUACUUUCUGACAAACAAGAGGACCAGUCCAACCCAAAAAAAGAGCUUGUUGAAGCCGAUGUGGACGUACAGAAGGCUGUACUUCAGACACUCAGUGCUAGCACUCUCGUCCUUCCCAUUGUCUCAACGCAAGUGGUCGAUAAAGUCGGCUGCCUAAUAGAGAAGCCUCCAACGAUGGAAAUGGUCAACUUUAUACUUGGGAAGCUAGCCAAUCAGGGCGCAAUUGGUAUAAGGCAUGUCACAAUUGGCACAGAAGCGGGAUACGAAGUGAUAUCUGUACAAACCAAGGAGCUAUUGGAAAUAUACGACGAUAUUAACGACAGUUGCCAGCAGAAUGAGGAAACUGAUGCGAAGCGAAAAUUAGAAUCUGGGCAGGAUGAGGAGAACGAUGAUGACCAGUUACAGCGUAAAAUACAAAAAAUGGAUUCAGGAAGCGCACGCAAAGAGUCAACCAGUCUGGAUGCAUCGGAUGACAUCAUGAUGCUGUUGUCCCUGCCUUCAACACGAGAGAAGCAAAGCAAACAGGUCGGCGAGGAGAUACUCGAAUUGCUGACCAAACCGACGGCCAAGGAACGCUCCGUGGCCGAAAAGUUCAAAUCCCACGGAGGUGCACAAGUCAUGGAGUUCUGCUCCCAUGGAACCAAAAUCGAGUGCCUCAAGGCUCAGCAGGUAGCCAAUGAAAUGGCAGCAAAAAAGAAACUCGAGCGUCGCGAGGAGAAAGAGCUUCGCAAUGCUGUCGCUGCCGAUGGAGCCAUUGCCAAUAGCAGCAAGCUAGUCAAGCUGAGUUCCGAGGAUGCCGAAGAUGGCGAGAUCAUAGCGGAGAACCUAAACAACUGUGAGGCCGACUCGCAGGAGUCCACAGAUGAUAGCGAAUCCUCCGGUGACUCGGACAAAUGCACAAAACUGCACUUUAAGAAAAUCAUUCAAUCCCACACGGACGAGUCGCUGGGCGAUUGCAGUUUCUUGAACACCUGCUUCCACAUGGCCACUUGCAAGUACGUGCACUACGAGGUGGAUACGCUGCCACAUAUCAACACGAAUAAGCCGACGGAUGUGAAGACUAAGCUCAGCAUGAAACGAAGCAUCGACUCCAGUUGCACUCUCUAUCCGCCGCAGUGGAUUCAGUGUGAUCUUCGAUUUCUGGACAUGACGGUGCUCGGUAAAUUCGCUGUCGUCAUGGCCGAUCCCCCAUGGGACAUACAUAUGGAGCUGCCGUAUGGCACCAUGUCGGACGACGAGAUGCGCGCACUAGGCAUACCAGCACUGCAGGAAGAAGGCCUGAUAUUCCUAUGGGUAACGGGGCGUGCCAUGGAACUGGGACGUGAUUGCCUGAAGCUCUGGGGCUAUGAGCGUGUCGAUGAGCUGAUCUGGGUGAAAACGAAUCAGCUGCAGCGCAUCAUACGCACUGGCCGCACCGGUCACUGGCUGAAUCACGGCAAGGAGCACUGCCUGGUCGGCAUGAAGGGCAAUCCGACAAAUCUGAAUCGCGGCCUCGACUGUGAUGUCAUCGUCGCAGAGGUGCGCGCUACCAGUCACAAGCCCGACGAGAUCUAUGGCAUCAUUGAGCGCCUCAGUCCGGGCACCCGAAAAAUCGAGCUCUUCGGCCGACCGCACAACAUUCAGCCAAACUGGAUAACGCUGGGCAAUCAAUUGGAUGGCAUUCGCCUAGUCGACCCCGAGCUAAUUACCCAAUUCCAGAAGCGUUAUCCCGAUGGCAACUGCAUGUCGCCCACGGCGGCGGCAGUGAACGCGAUUAAGAACUAAACAAAUAUACGGACAAAAAUAUAAUUCUUAUUACAACUUUUAUAAAUACUAGUAUGUUAAGAUUAAAGUAAAUAUUUAAAUAGA